AAUAUUAGCCGGUUUAAGUCGAUUAUUUUGCUGACAAAAUGGCGACUUCGGUGGAGCGAUGGAUGUGUGAUGAGCUCUCUAAACUCGGUUUACCGGCUUCAGAAGAUAAUGCUAAAUAUAUUUUGAGCAUUGGAAAUGCCACUGAGAUCCAGGAGUACAUGCUGGAGUUGCUAGAUGGCUCAGAUCCCAAAGUGACAACAUUUAUCUCUCAGUUAAUACAGAAGUGGAGACCAGCAGAAAAACCACCAGAUAGAAUUACUGUUUAUCGUAAAUCAGAUCAGGAUGAUGUGUACAUCAAUGGUAAAAAUUCCUCCAGAUCAUCGAAGAGCAGUAACUCUGUCCAAACGAAAGUGAAACCGAGUGAAUCUCUACAGAGAGAGCAGCUGCACCAAGAAUCCAAGAAGACCAAGUUUAUUCCUCUGUUUAGUCAAGAAGGAGAAGCUAAAUCUGUGAUAAAACUGGCAGGACGACAUACUUGUGAAUGCCAGGCUACCAAACAUAAGCUGAUUGCCAACUGUGUACAUUGUGGACGCAUUGUAUGUGAACAGGAAGGAUCAGGACCAUGUCUCUUCUGUGGAAACCUGGUUUGUACGAAAGAGGAACAGGAAGUGUUAGCGCGUGGUUCACGGAAGAGCGAACAAUUACGUCAGAGACUAAUGAAGGACAGAGGUCAGGAAGAGUAUGACAAAGCUGUACAACACAAAAAUAAACUUCUGGAGUACGACAAAACAAGUGUCAGAAGAACACAGGUUAUUGAUGACGAAUCGGAUUAUUUCUCCACGGACAAUCGCUGGUUGAGUAACACGGAAAGGACAAAGUUAAAGAAGAGAGAAGAAGAGUUACGGGCCCAGCGACAUGGGUCACGCAAGGACAGAAAAGUGACACUGGAUUUUGCAGGUCGCCGAGUGGUAGAGGACAAUGAUUCAGCAGGAAGGAACAUGUAUGAUGUCAAUGAUGAUGUCAUCCAGGAAAUUUACUUUGGUGCGAAGCCAAAAGUUAAUUCCUCACAGCAAGAAAAUCUCGCAGAUUUAGUCAAUCCCAGCAUCUGUGUGCCAAGCCCCAAGUAUGUGGUGACCAGUUCAGAGAACCCAGCAGUUGAUAGACCCCACAGAAAGGAGGGGGGCUCUAAACGGGAUGGACUCCGACUCCAGGACCGAGAGCUGCAGGAGAUGUCUGAUGAGGGCAUGUGUCUGAGUAUGCACCAGCCCUGGGCCUCGCUGCUCAUCAAAGGCAUUAAAUGUCAUGAGGGCAGGACAUGGUACACAGCUCACCGUGGAAGACUGUGGAUUGCUGCCACUGCCAAAUCUCCAUCUCCACAGGAAGUGGCUGAGGUGGAGCAGUUUUACAAGUACCUGUAUAAAGAUUCUAACCUACAAUGUCCAUCUCACUACCCAGUUGGCUGUUUAUUGGGGUGUGCAGAUCUAACAGAGUGUCUUGCACAAGAGGAAUAUAAGGAGAAGUUUCCAGAUGGCGAAUCGGGGUCUCCAUUUGUGUUUAUAUGUGAAAAUCCCCAGGAACUGGUUGUGAAAUUCCCCAUCAAGGGAAAGCACAAGAUAUACAAACUAGAGAACCAUAUAUUACAAGCUGCUAAAAAGGGAUUGAGGUGAAACUAACUUGUCCUAGAACUUCAUAUGGAUUUCAUUGAUUAAGGAAAUUAAGUCAAAUUUAUAUUUUAUGUGAGGAUUAAUUUGUAAUUGCUUUUAAAACUUGGACUUGGAAAAAGGUGUUCUUGCAUUCAACAUGUGCAAUAUUGUUUAGAAUUCAAAUGUUCACACACCAUCUUUCUAUAAUUGUCAAAAUUGUCAUGUUUGGAAAGUAUAGCAGAAUAUUUAAUGUUAUUCCGAGUUGUUAUCUGAUAUUUUAUGAUGUAAAAUGUAAUGAAUGGGAAUAUUAAAAUAUUUAUAUGCAAUACA